UUCGAGGCCAUCGUCGAGCCGGUCAAUGGAAAAUUCAAUGACAACAGCUGGCACGACAUCAAAGUGACACGCAACCUGAGACAGGUCACAAUCUCCGUCGACGGGAUCCUCACCACCACUGGCUACACUCAGGAAGACUACACCAUGCUGGGAUCUGAUGAUUUUUUCUACGUGGGUGGGAGCCCCAGCACUGCAGACCUGCCUGGAUCUCCAGUUAGCAACAAUUUCAUGGGCUGUCUGAAAGAGGUGGUGUACAAGAACAACGAUAUCCGCCUGGAGCUCUCCCGCCUUGCCCGCAUUGUCGACCCCAAGAUGAAGCUCCAGGGCGACGUGGUCUUCAAGUGCGAAAACGUUCCCACCCUCGACCCCAUCAACUUCGAGACCCCCGAAUCCUACCUGGCCUUGCCAAAAUGGAACACCAAGCGCGUGGGCUCCAUCUCCUUUGACUUCCGCACCUCUGAACCCAACGGGCUGAUCCUCUUCACCCACGGUAAGCCUCAGGACAGGAGGGACGCGAAGGGCCAGAAGAACAACAAGGUGGACUUCUUUGCAGUGGAGUUGCUGGAUGGAGGGCUCUACUUGCUGCUAGACAUGGGCUCCGGAACUAUCAAGGUCAAAGCAACGCAGGCUAAGGUCAAUGAUGGCUCCUGGCACCAUGUGGAUAUCCAGAGAGAUGGUCGCUCAGGCAUCAUCUCAGUGAACAGCCGUCGGACCCCUUUCACAGCCAGCGGGGAAAAUGAGAUCCUGGACCUGGAGGGGGACCUUUAUCUGGGCGGUCUGCCUGACAACCGAGUGGGCUUGGUGCUCCCGACUGAGCUCUGGACAGCUAUGCUCAACUACGGCUACGUGGGCUGUGUUCGGGAUCUGUUCAUCGAUGGCCGCAGCAAGGACAUCCGGCAGAUAGCUCAGUCGCAGAACAUGACGGGCAUCAAGUCUUCGUGUAGUAAGGUGACGGGGAAACAGUGCGACAGCAACCCCUGCAAGAACAAUGGGGUCUGUAAGGAGGGCUGGAACCGCUUCAUUUGUGACUGUACCGGGACCGGCUUUUGGGACAGUACCUGCGAGAGAGAGGCAUCGAUAUUGUCUUAUGACGGGAGCAUGUAUAUGAAGGUGGUGAUACCUAACAUCAUGCACACUGAGGCUGAAGACGUCUCCCUCCGCUUCAUGUCCCAGCGAGCGUUCGGCCUGCUCAUGGCCGCCACAUCUCGUGAUUCUGCAGACACGCUGCGGCUCGAGUUGGACAGCGGAAGGGUCAAGCUGACGGUCAACCUAGACUGUGUCAGGAUAAACUGUAACACCAGCAAGGGCCCUGAGGUUCUUUAUGCUGGACAAAAGCUCAACGACAAUGAGUGGCACUCAGUGCGAGUGGUCCGCCGCGGUAAAAACUUCAAACUCACUGUGGAUGACGACAUGGCGGAAGGUCAGAUGGCGGGUGAUCACACUCGUCUAGAGUUCAACAACGUGGAGACGGGAAUCUUGACUGAGAGACGCUUUGUUUCAUCUGCUCCUUCACCAUUUAUUGGUCAUCUGCAGAGCCUAAAGUUCAACGGUAUGCAGUACAUUGAUAUGUGCAAGAAUGGCGACAUCGACUUCUGUGAACUCAACGCUCGCUUCGGCAUGCGUUUCAUCAUCGCCGACCCCGUGACUUUCAAGACUAAAGGCAGCUACCUGGGCUUGGCCACACUUCAGGCAUAUACCACAAUGCACCUCUUCUUUCAGUUCAAAACCACCUCACCUGACGGUUUCAUCAUCUUCAACAGCGGAGAUGGGAACGACUUUAUUGCCGUUGAGCUGGUUAAAGGAUUUAUUCACUAUGUCUUCGACCUGGGAAAUGGGCCCAGUCUGCUGAAAGGAAACAGUGACAACCCACUGAAUGAUAACCAGUGGCACAAUGUGGUCAUUACCCGAGACGCUUCCAACACACACACACUCAAGGUGGACGCAAAGUCAGUCACCCAGAAUGUCAACGGAGCCAAGAAUCUGGACCUGAAAGGCGACCUGUUCAUUGGAGGUUUGGGACCUAACAUGUAUCAGAAUCUCCCCAAGCUGGUGGUUUCUCGGGAGGGCUUCCAGGGAUGUCUGGCCUCGGUUGACCUCAACGGCCGUCUGCCAGACCUCAUCAGCGACGCCCUUUUCCGCAGCGGGCAGAUCGAGCGUGGCUGUGAAGGCCCCAGCACCACCUGCCAGGAGGACUCAUGCGCCAACAUGGGCGUGUGCAUCCAGCAUUGGGAGAACUUCACCUGUGACUGCUCGUUGACGUCCUACUCGGGGACCUACUGCAACGACCCUGGCACGACCUACAUCUUUGGCAAAGGAGGGGGUCUGAUCACAUACACGUGGCCCAAUAACGAGAGGCCAAGCACCCGGACGGACCGGCUAGCCGUGGGCUUCAGCACUACCAUAAAAGAUGGCAUCCUGGUCCGCAUCGACAGCGCCCCACGUCUGGGUGACUACAUCAUGCUCCACAUUGAACAAGGCAAAAUAGGUGUGACAUUCAACAUCGGAACGGUGGACAUCAGCGUUAAGGAGGUAAACACGCCGAUAAACGAUGGCAAAUACCAUUUGGUCCGAUUCACCAGGAACGGGGGCAAUGCAACCUUGCAGGUGGACAACUGGCCGGUCAAUGAGCACUUUCCCACAGGCCGGCAGUUGACGAUCUUCAACACCCAGGCCACUAUCUCGAUCGGAGGAAACGACCGGAAGCGGCCCUACCAGGGCCAGCUCUCCGGCCUCUAUUACAAUGGCCUCAAAGUCCUCAACAUGGCCGCCGAGGGCCACGCUAACAUCAAGGUGAACGGCAGCGUGCGGCUGGUGGGCGACGUCCCCACUAGCCGGGGAGCGGCACGCACCACCACCUCGGUACCGCCAGAGAUGUCCACCACCUUUAUAGAGACUACCACCACCUUGUCUACCACAACCACCCGCAAACAGCGCUCACCACCCACUAUCCAGACGACAGAUGACAUUGUUUCGUCAGCAGAGUGCUCCAGCGACGAUGAGGACCUGGAAGAGUGCGACUCCGGACAUGCAGGAGGGGAGCUAGUUAUCCCCGUGCUAGUCGAGGACCCCAUAGACAUCCCUUCUGUAUCCACCCGUUCUCCCUUCAUCCCCCUCCCCCCAACCCUCCGCCCUGUCCUCACCAUUAUUGAGACCACCAAAGAAUCCUUGGCCAUGGCCACUGAGGCGGGGGUACCUUGCUUGUCGGACCGAGGCAGCGAUGAUUGUGAUGAUGGUGAUGGUGGUGAUGAUGAUGAUGAUGAUGAUGAUGGCAUGGUGAUUUCGGGGUUUGGCUCUGGCGAAGCUUUCGACUCUAGCCUGCCCCCGACUGACGAUGAAGAUUUUUACACCACCUUCUCCCUGGUAACAGAUAAGAUCUUGACCACAUCGGCCUAUGAAGGCGGCUACAAAGCCCUCGCGCCCAAGUGGGAGGCCAAGGACUUGAGGCCUAGCAAAGCCUCUGAGGCAGGUAGGACUACACCCACCUCGCCUCUGCCCGACCUCCGGGGCACGCCGCCGGCGGCGGUCCCCUCGGACACGCCACCCAAGCUGCCUGCCGGGAAAAUGAACAACCGCGAGGUAAAACCCCCGCAGCCGGACAUGGUCCUGGUGUCACUGCCCACGUCCUUCGAUCUGGACGGCACCAAGCCACGAGGCCCCUUCAUCACCUCGCCCAUGCUGCGCACGGUGCCUGCCGCCCUGCCCACGGUGCCCGGCGUGCAGCGGGUGCCCCCGGGGGCCUCGGAGGUGGUCCGGGAAUCCAGCAGUACCACGGGCAUGGUGGUGGGCAUUGUCUCAGCCGCCGCCCUCUGCAUCCUCAUUCUCCUCUACGCCAUGUACAAGUACAGGAACAGGGAGGAGGGUUCCUACCAGGUGGACGAAACACGCAACUACAUCAGCAACUCGGCGCAAACCAACGGCGCUGUGGUGAAGGAUAAAGCACCCAGUGGCAGCGCCAAAGGCAGCGCCAGUAGCAAGAGACCGAAAGACAAGGACAAGGAAUAUUAUGUAUAGAAAUCCAGUCAUUUCCCGACCCAUAAAGCUACAAACUGUUUGGAACAAAGUUAAGAACAUUUUGACAGUACCAUAUUGGCAACUGUGAUUUAAAAAGAAUCAAAUCUCUUUAGAACUCGAGACUUACUGAGUCGCAGAAACAUUUACAAAAAAGAACUUUGGCUUAUGGAAGCACACUUACUAUUGUAAGCAUUACAGAGAGACAAUGCAGUAACAGCUGCACUGGGACUCAGCGUGGACACUUUUAAGGAGUCCCUACUGGAGACAUCCGGCAGUGUGAAUAACAUCACUUUAACACCCACACGACCCCAAGUGACUGUCUAAGAGGUGUGUGAUCCUUGGAGUUCUGACGACCUUGUCCAUUGUAACCCUGUAAAAUACGAUCACUGUCAUUUCGGCCAUUCUGAGCAUGCAUGUGAGGUGUAUGUGACGUGGUGCUGGCAUCUUGUGUAAGUGAGGGACCUCGAGAAACAAUGAUUGUUGGGGAAAGUUGGAAGUCAAACCCUGAUUUCGCGUUACAAAGCGGUUUCAUUAAAUGUAGCUUUCAUGGAUGCGAUAUGAGGUAACGUAUACGUGUUUCUUGUUUUUCUUUCAUUAUUUUUUAUUUAUUCAAUCAAUCAGUAGUUUAUUUAUUUAUAUAUUGAAUUUCACUUUUUUUGUUUUCUUUAGUUUGUUUUUCUAAGGAUGAUGGCCGGUCAGGGUUGACUAGGCAGAGCUCAGCAGGAUGUAAUACAGUAAUGUAUUUCAAUAUUUUUCUCCCCCGCCCUCACGUCUCAGUUAAGGAUUGGACUGCUAUGCAGGGCAUCCAAAUCCUAGACGGCGUUCAAGCGUGCAAGAGUGGAUCCACCAGGCAAUCUGUACAAUGUUAUUUCUCAGAGUUUCAAAUGUCUGAUAGCAUUUGUCUUCUUUUCCCUUUUGAUUUGAUUUCUUUUUAUUUUUUGGUCGUUCCUCUGUUUCCUUUUACCGAUAUGACGCCGUGGCAAAAAUGCAUUACCAUAAAAUGUGUCUGAUGAAGAUGUAAUUGUCACAAUCUUAACGAAGAAAAAGCAAACAAACACAGGCUGAAGAUUUACUCCGGUGUGAUUCUAUCUGUUGUCACAGACGACUGUGUCAAAAACAUGUUUACAUAUUUUAUUACAUCUAGCCGUCGUGCUUUGCAGGUCAAAUGUUGUACAGAAGAUUCCAGUUCCUGUUGAGUUAUUUUUUAUCCUCUUCUUGUAUAGAUGGACCGUUUGAUUUGAUUUUUCUGCUGUAGCAACAUGACUGGAAAAAGGAAAACAAAAAAAACAAAAAAUGAAACAUUUUUAUUCUUUUGCCUGGAGAUGAGAAAGUGAUGUGCACAGGAACAUUUGUUUAGGCAGGGAACAAAUGCAGUUAGACGACAAGUCUGGUCUCCCUGGAUGGUGUUUGUCUUCAGUCGCAUGAAUAUUUGACCACCAGAAGCCGUCAGUCGGAUAAAAGACGCCUCCCUCAGAUCUUGUCUUAGGGACUCCUCCUUAUUCUGAAGUUGCUUUCAUCAUGUUAUUUAUUUAUUUUUUUAUUGGAAAUUCAAAAAAAAUGAAACGAGAAUAAAGACAGAUUAUGAUGGAUUUGGAGAUCUAUUGCUAGAACCUUACUGGCUUACAGAUGUUUUUUAUUUAGUUCCUUUUUUCUGUCUUUUUUUUUUUACUGUAUCGUCUUGUCUGAUCAGCUCAUCACUUUUUUUGCAUUCGAUUUUUUUUCUGUCGUUGUAUAGCUAAUUUCAUGUCUCAUUUAUACGACAUUAUCUUCCGACAAUAUGUCGGGUUUUUCUUUUUUAAUGUCAUUUAUUUAUUGCUGAAAUUAUUUGUCCUCUUCUGUUUUCAUGCAAAUCAGUCGGUGUGUAUGUUCACUUUGAUUUUUUGUGUUGGUACUUGGCUUUUUCAGCCAGUUUAAUUAUCGUCUUCUGCUUCUCCUUUUUGACUCCAAACAAUUCCCAGAAAU